AUAACUUCAUCAUAUUGUCAAUUGUCAUUUUGUUUGACAAACAAAACUCGUUUGUGGUGAUAAUGAUAAAUAAUUGUGUAAAUUAAGCAAAUUCUGGACAAUGACUGAAGACCAAGAUGUUAAAGAUUCACAGUCAGACUCGGGCAGCAAAACCUUUGCUAAUAAAAACAAAGACAAGAAAGCAAAGCCCCAUCGGCCCCUGACAAAAAUAAUACUGCGGCGACUGCCGCCAACUAUGACAGAGGAAGCGUUUCUAGAACAAGUAUCGCCGAUACCAGAACAUGAUCACUUCUAUUUUGCCAAGCCUGACCCUUCUCUUGGCAACAACGUGUACUCUAGGGCCUAUAUAAAUUUUGUGAACGUCGAGGAUAUAUAUCUGUUCAGAGACAAAUUUGAUGGUUACGUAUUUUUAGAUGAGAAAGGUGUUGAGUAUGUGGGAAUUGUUGAAUAUGCACCUUUUCAAAGGAUUCCAAAAAAGAAGAAGAAGAAAGAUCCUAAAUGUGGGACCAUAGAGAGUGAUCCCAUUUACCAGGAAUUUAUAGAGAACCUCAGCAAAGAUCAAGAAACUGAGAAUCAACCAAAACUUGAAUAUUCUUAUCCUGUAAAUGAUACUAAUGACAAGAAAGUCCAGUCAACACCAUUACUGGAGUAUCUCGCAGCACGAAAGCAAGAUAAAAGAGGACGAGAUGAACGUAGGAGAAGAGAAAAUGACAAACGUAAAAUGAGAAUUGAAAGGAAAUCUAAAGAUAUGCCUAUAAAGGAGGAUGAGUAUGAAAAUGAUGUAAAGAAAAUUAAACCAAGAGAAGGAGACAAAGAUAAGCUAAGUGCUGAGAGGGAUGAUGACAUCAAAAGUGACAGCAAAGAUAGUACUAUAUUUGAAUCAAAAACAUACAGAGAUCAAAGAAAAAUAGGUACCAGCACUUUGAUUGAUAAAAAGAAAAAGAUAGAUAGCGAUAGAAAAGAAAGCAAAGAUGAUGACCUAGAUGAUAGCAAAUAUGGCAAAAAAGAUAGAUAUGACAAGUUCAAAGAAUCCCCACGUGAACUAAAAAGCAAGAAGUAUAGUGACACUAGAAAAGAAAGGUUGAAGCAAACAGAGUUGGGCCAGUCAGACAAGCAGUCUGUUAUAAAUAAGAUGAUGUCCACUGAAGGCAAAUCUAACUAUGAUGAUAUUAAACCAUUCACUCAACUACCUCAAGUGAAGACGGAUGAUUUAACCAAAUUAAUUGAGGAUUUGGACCGUAAAGUCAAACUAGAUGAAGCCAAAUCAGAUUUUAAGUCUCAGAAGGAGUAUCUCCAAGAAAAGUUUGACUUGAAUUUAAAAAAUGAUGGUGGUGAAAUUACUAAAAUGAGAAGGAAUAGUCUGGAAUCUGGUGACAUGCCUAGUAAGGAGGAGUCUGUAUUAAAAAGGCAGAAAUCUCUGGACGAUAGGAGCAAAUCUACGGACAGAGAGGGGUCUGAGGAAACAGAAAAAAGUGAAAGUAUUGACCGUCGCACUGAAAGGAGAAUUAGAAAUAAGGAUCGGCCCAGCCUAGUUAUCUAUCAGCCGGGAAUGGGCAAGUUCAGUAAACAGCGUCUGGCAAAGGAAAAAGACACACCGUCGAUGGGCAAAUCUAUAAACGAAAGCGAAAAGAAAGACACUUGAGACAACGGCUACGAAACCCGAUAUUUGGACAUCAUUCAACGGAAUCACCCUGAAGCUGGCAUCAAUACAGGUCCUUGCAGAUAGUAGAAGAGGACAUGAAUGUGCCAACUGAAGGACCUACUGUGUUAACUCAGACCUGUUGUUUUUAUUGUUUUAAUUUACGCGCAAAUGAAUGCAUCCAAGAUUUUUAAAUCUGUGUAAAAGCAUAUCAAAUGCAAUAUAUUUUUAGCUUGUGACCAUUUCAGUUCAGUUUAUUUUAUUUCUUUUAAAUAUAGUUCAUUUUAAAUGGGAA